GAAUCGCAGCGUCCACUAUGCGCUGAAGUGGACGUCAAUGGGGUAAAAGCGUACACCCUGUUUGACACGGGAUGUACGACCGACACCAUAUCACCGGAAUUAGCCUACUUGGCUAAAGCGGACAGAGUUGAUCUGAAGGAGCAGAUCAACCUCCAGCUGGGUACGAAGGGUAGUCGCACCACGAUUAACUAUGGUGCACUGCCACAUAUCCAUGUUGGUCCAGUCAAUAACGUCAAUUACAUGGACGUUGUUGACAUCGACCGAUACGAUAUGGUAUUGGGUACCACAUUCUGCAGCAAGCACAAUGUGGUACUCGACUUCCGGCGGAGGAAAGUGUGGAUCGAUGGGGUGGACAUUCCGGUCUAC